GAGGUCAUCCGAAUCCCGCUGGUUCCAUGAGAUGUAAAUAGCUUUAAGCCGACUUUGCGGCAUUUCGGUCUACUACCUGAAUGUGUCAGCUUUAUGCAUGUGCCUGAGAGGACAAACAUCCUCCUGUUGUUGCUUAACUCGCGUGUAAAUGCUUGCCAGAACGGGCCAGGGAGGUGGCACAUGCGGCUGUUGCACCUGAUGUCAUGACGCGUGUGUUGGUUUGACCAGAGAGACGCGCAGAGGACCUAAUAUCCAGGUGCCAUCAUGCCCAUCACGCUGCUGUGGGCCGUGGAUGUGUACGGCCGGGUGUACAGCGUCUCCACCGCCGGCCAGCGCUGGGUUCGCGCUGACGACCUGCUGCUGGAGCUGAAGCGCGUGUCUGCAGGGAAGGACCGCUGCUGGGGGAUCGGCUGCGAUCACCACGUUUACCUCAACGUAACGCCCAGUGAGACCCCCAUCCGCUACCGGGAGGAGACCUAUGAAAACCAGAGGUGGAACCCAGUAGAUGGUUUCACUGACGUCCUCCUGCCCACGGACCGCUGGCCCUGGAGCGACGUGACGGGGAUGAACCCCCAGCCGCUCCAGAGCUUCCAGCUGCCUUCCCGCAGCUGGGAGUGGGAGGGGGACUGGUACAUGGACCAGAGCUGUGGGGGAGAACCCAGCCAGACUGGGGGCUGGGAGUAUGCUGUUGACUUCCCGGCCAACUUCUCUCCAGAAAAGAAGUGGAACUCGUGCGUCCGCCGUAGACGGUGGAUCCGUUACAGAAGAUACACGGCACAGGGUAGCUGGGCGAAGAUCCCCUUGGACCAUGCGAAGAAACCCCUGCUGCCGCUCUGCGACAUCAGCUGUGGGGGCUGGGAGAUGAGUGACCAGUCUGGGAGGUAUCCCUGCUUCUGGGGGGUGUCCCAGCAAGGACAGGUGUGGUUCAGAGAGGGCAUCCACCCUCGCGUCCCCGAGGGAACCAGCUGGGAGGAGGUGGAGGUCCCUAAAGAGGUGGCUCAGCUGUCGGCGGGCCCCGGGGACCUUCUGUGGGCUUUACUGUGGGAUGGGAACCUGCUGGUCCGGACCGGUCUCAGUCUGGACAGCCCCACUGGCACGUCCUGGGUGGAGGUGGAGUCGCCAGGAAAAGAGAUGGAGGCGCUUCACGUGGCUGUUGGAGUCAGCGUGGUCUGGGUGGUCACCAAGGACUACAAGGUGUGGUUCAGGCGUGGUGUGAACUCGCACAACCCCUGCGGCUCUGGCUGGAUAAGCAUCGGCGGGGAGAUGAUGAUGGUGGACGUAGGACUCAAUGACCAGGUGUGGGCAGUCGGGGAGGACCGGGGUUUGUACUUCAGGAUGGGCGUGACGCCAUCUGAACCCAGUGGAAACGGCUGGAUACCCGUCGCUGCCCAGUGGGGCAGAAAUAAAGAGGCACUUCCUCCCAGGGAUGAGUGUGAGUUUAGCGGCCAGUUGACCGAAGCCUCCCAGGCGUCCGUGCUGAGCUGCACUGACUCUGACUCAGAGUUGGGUCCCGCCGACCCCCAACGCAGCCCCACGGACACCCCGGUCCUGGAGGCGGCAGCGCCCUCCGUCGUCCCCUUGGGUGCAGCCAGCCCACCCGCAUCGCCCCAGGAAGCUGAAGACGCUCCCUCAGCGCCCCAGCAGGACGCCCCCAAGCCCCUCAUCCGCACCAGCGACAGCUUCAUCAACAGCCUCGUCUCCGACCGGGACAGAACCUCCACGCAGCCGGCCGCGCCCAUCCCAGAGAUGCCCCAGGAGGAGGUCGUGGACCUGACACCGGCGCCGGUCCUGCCCACCCGUCAGGCCGCAGACGUGCCGUGGAUGAACGUGGACCUGGAGGGGGCGGAGGCGGCUCGGAGCGGACGGGCGCCAGGGCGUUCGUCGGGCGCGCUGGGAACCCUGGAGAACUCGCAGGGAGUCGGGGAAGAGGACGGGCCGGUGUGGGCUUGGAUCUCGGGCGGCGGUUGUGACGUGGAUGUGGCGUCACAGAUCAGCUGGCUCAGUCCUACAGGUCCUCUCACCAGCUCCGUGUCGCUCACUCCGGUCCAGUCGGCCGCCUGGAGCGAGCAGGAGCAGGAACACCGAGAGGAGAUCGCCAAGAAGCCGCUGGAGAGAAGCAACUCCGUGUGGGUGCGUAAAGGCCCGCUGCGCUGGUGGAGAGACUGGAAGCCGCAGCGCUGGGUCGACGCAGCCGUCGCUCUCGAGCAGUCGACCCGAUGCGACGGCAGGAAGGACAGCAUUUUAUUCGUGUAUUACACACAGUAUGAUGAGAAAAAGCACCUUCAUGUGUUGAUCAGCGAGGUGACGGCGCUGGUGCCGCUGCUUUGGGACAGCUGCUACGCCUUCGCCGUGUACACGGCUGACAGGACCCGGCAGCGGUGGCCGCUGGUCCUGGCGGCGCCGGCGGAGAAAGAUCUGCACGACUGGCUGCUCCUGCUGUCCGACUGCUGCUGCGAGUGUCGAGGGAUCGCGGCGGCUCCGUCCAGACGGGCUCUGUGGGCCACCACUUCCAAAGGGGACGUCAUGGUCCACGAGCCGUCCUUCCUCCUGGAGGCUCCCGCCCACGCCACGCCCUGCGACCACAUGUUUUGGCGGCAGGUCCCGGGCCACCUGCGCUGCGUAGAGUCUAACAGUUUGGGGCUGGUGUGGGGCGUCGGGUGGGACGGCACCGCCUGGGUCUACAGCGGGAACUACGGACCGCUGCCCAGCCAGGAAGACGCCGCUCAGACGCAGCAGCAGACGGACGUCAGGAGCGUACAGCUAUACGAGAAUCAAAGAUGGAACCCCAUGACUGGAUAUACUGACAAAGGACUCCCCACAGACCGGCCCAUGUGGAGCGACGAGAGCGGGCUGAAGGAGUGCACCAAAGGGAACACCCACCCGCCGUCUCCUCAGUGGUCCUGGGUGUCGGAUUGGGUUGUGGACGCUGGUAUCCCAGGGGGUGCAGACAAUGAGGGUUGGCAGUACGCUGCAGACUUCCCCACGACGUUUCACGGCCACAAGACUCUGAAGGACUUUGUGAGGCGCAGGAGAUGGACGAGGAAGUGUAAGAUCUCGGUGAGAGGACCCUGGAGGCCGGUCCCGCCCAUCCGCCUGAGCGACAUCUCUCUGAUGCCGUGUCUGGCCCAGAGCAAGAUGGAGCAGGUCCCCGUGUGGGCCCUCAGUGACAAGGGAGACGUCUUGUGUCGGCUGGGAGUCACUCCUCAAAGCCCUGCGGGCGGCUCCUGGCUCCACGUGGGCACAGACCAGCCCUUCAAAUCCAUCUCCAUCGGCGGAGCCAACCAGGUGUGGGCCAUCGCCCGGGACGGAGCCGUGUUUUACAGAGGAUCGGUGUCUCCGCAAAACCCUGCAGGAGAAUGCUGGUACCACAUCCCCUCUCCCCCCAGACAGACCCUAAGACAGCUCUCUGUCGGACGGACGUCGGUCUUUGCAGUUGAUGACAACAGUAACCUGUGGUACCGACAGGGCCUCACCCCCAGCUACCCCCAGGGCUCCGCCUGGGAGCUCAUCUCUAACAACGUCACCAGAGUCUCCGCAGGACCGCUGGACCAGGUUUGGAUCAUUGCAGAUAAAGUUCCUGGUUUCCCCUCUGAGAGUCCUGGAGCUGUCUGCCACCGGCUCGGUGUGGGACCCAUGCAGCCCAAGGGCCAGUCCUGGGACUACGGUAUAGGGGGAGGCUGGGAGCAUGUGAGUGUGAGGGGGAACUCCCUGGAGGCGGCUCGGGGCCCCCACCCUCCUCUGGCCGGCCCCCCGCGCAGCCCGGCCCCCCAGCGACCGCCGGCUCAGCUCAACGGAAGCGCUGUGUGUGUUUAGCAUCCUCCCGUGUUCUCCUCCUCCUGUCCUGUUUGUGCCUGGAUCUGCAUUCCUUCUCGGACCGUUCCCGAGUCCCCUCACAUAAAGGGACUGCACAAUCCUGGAGUUGGGACUGCGUCGUGGGUUGGAUUUGACCAAUGGAUGGAUGGACGUCGUGGCCGGGUUAGUUGCCAGGCUAAGAAGAAGCAUUUCAGUAUUCAUCGGAGACGGAGCAAGAAAUGAUGACUGAUGGGACGUUUGUUUGAGGAGAAGUGUUUGCUUUUACUAGGCUUCGACUGCCGGGCAUCACAGGGUGGAGCAAUGGCUUUUUAUUCAUUUAAACAGCAUCCUGUGAAAAACCCAAGAAGGCGAGAGAGCAGUGAAGGACUAAAGGUCAGGCUACCAAAUGAACUUCACACACAAGUUCCCUGUUACCUAAAACCCGUUGGUUUGUUCUGGUUUUGUUCCUGUUUGAUUUGCAUGUAAAUUCACAUCUUUAUUUAAUUAUUUAUCAUGCGUUUGUCAAUGUGUGUUCCUCCAUUUACGCCAGCCUGUUACAUGUUUAUGAUGUAGUGUUUACUUUUUUGUUUUUUUUCCUCCCAUAUUCCAUUCAACCUGGCUUCCGAGGGCUUUUUCAAGAUAAAACUUUGAGAUAUCAACACUGUACAAAACAUGUUGCGCUUGACCAUCAAAUACCUCUCCGUCUUCCUGCAAUAAGAAAGCAAAAGAGAAACUCUUUGUGUUAGUAUCCACCCCAUCAGCAGCACUGCAGCGAUGGCGACUGUUGACCCGUGACCGCCGCCACGACCGCACCCUCACCAAGGUAUUGAAAUGCUAAAUAAAAGUCUGAAAAUACUAGCUUGUUAUACCUUC